AUGACCCCACCCAAUCUCAAGGCCGGCCUGUUUGUUUACAUAUUGUCUGUGGCUGCUUUCCCGCUGCAGUGGCAGACUGGAGUAGUUGCGACAGAGACGGUGCGGCCCACAAAGCCUGAAAUAUUUACUACCCGGCCGUUUACAGCGAACGUUAGCCAAACUCUCCUCUCAGAGAAAUUCCGGGUCGAUAUGCCUGGCUCCGGCAGUGCCUUCAUCCCCACCAUCAACGCCAUCACGACCAGCCAGGACCUGCAGUGGAUGGUGCAGCCCACAGUGAUCACCUCCAUGUCCAACCCGUACCCCCGCUCGCACCCCUACAGCCCCCUGCCGGGCCUGGCCUCUGUCCCUGGGCACAUGGCCCUCCCCAGACCCGGCGUGAUCAAGACCAUCGGCACCACUGUGGGUCGCAGGAGGAGAGAUGAGCAGCUGUCCCCUGAAGAGGAGGAGAAGCGUCGAAUCCGGAGGGAAAGGAACAAGCUCGCCGCUGCCAAGUGCCGGAACCGCCGUCGGGAGCUGACGGAGAAGCUGCAGGCGGAGACGGAGGAGCUGGAGGAGGAGAAGUCGGGCCUGCAGAAAGAGAUCGCUGAGCUGCAGAAGGAGAAGGAGAAGCUGGAGUUCAUGCUGGUGGCCCACGGGCCCGUGUGCAAGAUCAGCCCAGAGGAGCGCCGGUCGCCCCCGGACAGCCCCUCGUCCUCCUCGGCGGGGCUGGACAAGGGCCAGCGCUCUGUCAUCAAGCCCAUCAGCAUUGCCGGGGGCUUCUACGGGGAGGAGCCCCUGCACACCCCCAUCGUGGUGACCUCCACGCCUGCCAUCACUCCGGGCACCUCGAACCUCGUCUUCACCUACCCCAGCGUCCUGGAGCAGGAGUCGCCCGCCUCGCCCUCCGAGUCCUGCUCCAAGGCUCACCGCAGGAGCAGUAGCAGUGGGGACCAGUCCUCAGACUCCUUGAACUCCCCCACCCUGCUGGCCCUGUAACCAGCGGCCGGGGGUCCUCAUCGCUGCCUCCUCCCCUGGGACCAGCACCUUCCAGCGCUCCGGGGGGCUGCGAGGGCACGAGGGGGCCCUGCCAGCGAGCUUCCUGGCUCUGGGACCGAGGAGGCGCGGGCAUGAGGCGCUGGAGGACCGACCUGGGUGAGAUCUCUGAGAAGUCAUGAAACCUCCUCCCUCGUCCAUCUUGCAAAGCGAAUCCUGUUUCUUGAAACGCCUUGGAGAACUUGGUGGGCUCGGGCAGCUCUCCGGCUUCUGAAGCGCCUGAAGCUGGUGUGGACCAUUCCUGUCCCUUGGUUACGAAACGUCUCUGGAGUGAUGGUGCCCUGCCCUGCCCCACCGAGCAUGCCCGUGGCCUGUUGGUUUCACCUUCCCCCUAUUUGCCCCUUCUACCCCCAGUGUCAGUUUCACUUCCUCUUGGUUUUUAUCAAGUUUGCCAUGACAUUUCAUCUGGGUGGUCUGACUAUUAAAACUUCGUUUCUGGAGAUGGGGCAGCAGGUGGCUCUUCUGCUGGGGCGGACUGUCCAGAGGGGACAAUGUGCAAUACGGAACCUUCCUCCCCGACACUCCCCGUCACCGCCAUCUCCAGGGGUCCCGGCAGCGCUCCGUGGGCUCUGGAGGAGAUGCACCGGCACGAGAGGCUCAGAGCACCUCCCUCCCCACCAUCGGGUUCGGCUCUCGGCUCUGGCGGAGCGGCUUGGCCAGAAGACAGGGUGUGAGGGAGACAGCCAGGGCACAGGUUGUGUUUGCCAAACGCCUAAUUAACAGGCCAGGAAUAGUGCCAACAAGCCA